AUGAAGAAAUUGCCUAGGAAUGACCCGCUGGGGGAGUUCGUAUGUCGCUUUCCGAAUUGCGAUGCUCGCUACCGGCGUAAAGAGCACCUUCGUCGCCAUGAAGCCAAACACAUCCAGGAUCGUACAUUCUCCUGUUCCAUCUGUGGCCAGGAAUUCGGACGAAAGUAUACACCGGCGCAAGUGCAUGUUGUUCUGUCGAUAAUAACGCGCCUUAGUGAUACACUUCGUCGGCAUCUCCGAGUGAAGCAUCAACUGAAUGAGCCUGUUCAUCGAGUCCGACGAGCCUGUGCCAAUUGCCGGGCCAUCAAGGCUCGAUGUGAAGGGAAGCCUGUGUGCACGGAGUGUCAACAUCGGGGCCUCCGCUGCUCCCUUAGGGAGGGUGAGGACUCUCCGGCGCCCGAGCCCCGAGGGUCAGUAAGCCCGCGGCCUACUGUCUCUAGAGAAGAACAAUUCGUCAAGUUGUUCUUCGAUCUGUUUCACCCUCACUGGCCGUUCGUCCAUCGCGGCACGUUCCGAAUGCGCCAUGAGAUCCCCAUGCUCGUCCAGUCGAUGGUUGUCCUUGGCUUAUGGGCGAGUGGGGAGAGGAGCGCGCGAUGUGCGGCCGUCGAGUUGCAUGAGCAGCUCAACUCGGCGAUCCUGCAGCAAAAGGAGAAAUGGGAUGCCUCCAACGACAUACAGAUACCCCAAUCAGGGUCAUGGCCUCUACCCAUCUACCAGGCUGUCUUAUUACAUAUUAUCUUCUCCUUGAUAUACAAAACCCACGGCUCUCUCGGCCUGGAUUUAAAGCCCGCCGGGCUCCGUACUGAUACCGAGCUGCUUCUCAAGUCUCUGAUUCAAAGCUGCCGCAACCGGGGGAUGUUCUCCUAUCCGCGCAUUCUAAGGCAGUAUCAAGAACCUGCUAUUGCUCAGUAUAUUUUGGUUAGUAUUGAAGAGGUGAAGCGAUUCAACAUCGCGUUGUAUAAGGUGUGCACAGCGAUAUAUGGCUCUACGGCACUGAAUCAGACCGUGGAGGGCGUUUCUAUGAACAGUAUCCUACUGACGGCCGAUGAAUUGCAGUUCCCGCCCCCGGAAAAUGAUGCGUUAUGGGAGGCGGCUACCCAAGAUGCGUGGGAUCGGGCUCUGGUGGAUAUGAAUGUGGAUGGGUUGGAUGAUAUUCGGGAAGAGGAUUGGAUAUCGAAGAAUUCGCGAGUGUUGCAGGUUGUGGGUAGUAUAUAG